CUGUUGGACACUCCGGAGGCGGUCAAGAAGAAGCUGAAGCGUGCGUUCUGUGAGCCGGGAAAGGUUGAGGACAACGGUGUCCUGGCGUUUGUCAAACACGUGGUCUUCUCGCUGUUCGACACGUUUGAAGUGAACCGCAAAGAAGCGAACGGAGGGAACCUUAUCUAUAAAGAGUACCAAAGCCUCGAAUCGGAUUUUGUCGAAAUGCGCUUACAUCCGGGAGACCUGAAGUUGGCGGUCGAGAAGUACUUGAAUCGCUUAUUAGAUCCCAUUCGCGAAGUAUUUAAAGACCCGAAGCUCAAGAAGUUGACGGACAGCGCGUAUCCGCCGCUCAACAAAAAGGGCAAAGUUGUGACGUCUGGUGAUAAUGAUAUCAAUCCAUCACUUCUAGACAUCAGAGUUGGAAAGAUUGUCGAAAUCAAUAAGCAUCCGGACGCCGACUCACUGUACGUGUCUCAAGUAGAUUUGGGCGAACCUACCGGUGCCACGCGGACGGUGGUGUCAGGUUUGGCCCAAUUGGUGCCUCGGGAACAGCUCGAGGGCCGACUGGUGGUGGUGUUGGCGAACCUAAAGCCGGCAAAAAUGCGCGGAAUUGAGUCCAAAGGCAUGAUUCUGUGCGCGUCGACCGACGAGCCCCGACAGGUGGAGCCCCUGAACCCGCCGCCCGGUAGCCAACCCGGGGAGCGGGUCUUCUGUGAGGGCUAUUCGGUGUCCGAUUCGGUGCCCGAAGUGUUGAAUCCAAAGAAGAAGAUUUGGGAGAAACUGCAGACGGAGAUGAAGACAUCGCAUAACGGUUUGGCCGAAUGGAGUGGUAAUCCGUUUGUCACCACAAAAGGUCUCAUAACGUGUAAAUUGAUGACAAACGCGCCAAUCAAGUGAUGACUACUUUCCCG